AUGUCGCCGGUGUCCGUCUGUCCGUCCCGGGGUCCCCUGGCUCAGCUCUUGGCGGCCGCGGCGUGUCCGGGCUGCGGGGAGCCCGUGCGGGACCCGCUGCGGCUGCCGUGCGGUCACUGCUGCUGCGGUCAGUGCCUCGCUCCGGACACUCCGGACACUCCGGACACUCCGGACACACUGACCAGUGCUCCGGACACCGCUCCGGACAGACUGACCGCCGCUCCGGACAGACUGACCGCCGCUCCGGACAGACUGACCACCGCGGACACCGCUCCGGACACUGCGGACCCGCUGCGGCUGCCGUGUGGUCACUGCUGCUGCGGUCAGUGCCUCGCUCCGGACACUCCGGACACUCCGGACACACUGACCACUGCCGACAGACUGACCAGUGCUCGGGACAGACUGACCGCUGCUCCAUCCACUGCUGGGGACAGACUGACCACUGCUGGGGACAGACUGACCACUGCUCGGGACAGACUGACCACUGCUGGUGACCACUCCGGCCCCGCUGACCACUCGGCUGAGCACUCCAGUGACCGCUCCGGCCACUCCGACCCCGCUGACCGCUCCAGUGACCACUCGAGUGACCACUCCAGUCCGACUGACCACUCCGGUGACCCAUCGAGUGACCACUCCAACUGCUCCAGUGACCACUGCGGCCACUCCAGUGACCUCUCCAGUCCGAGUGACCACUCCAACUGCUCCAGUGACCGCUCCGGCCACUCCAGUGACCCCUCGAGUGACCCCUCGAGUGACCACUCCAACUGCUCCAGUGACCACUGCAGUCCGACUGACCACUCCGGCCACUCCAGUGACCGCUCCGGCCACUCCAGCCCCGCUGACCGCUUCAGUGACCCCUCCGUCCCCUGGAGUGACCCCUCCGGCCCCUGGAGUGACCCCUGCGGCCCCUGGAGUGACCCCGCUGACCCCUGGAGUGACCCCUCCGGCCCCUGGAGUGACCCCUCCGGCCCCUGGAGUGACCCCUCCGGCCGCUCCGGCCGCUCCGUCCCCCCGCUGUCCGCUCCCCGCGGUGUCCGGCCGCUGUCCGCACGAGGGCUUGGUGGUCAGCGGAACCUCGCCAGUGGUCAUCGAGGUGUUGGUGGUCAUCAGAUGUCGCCAGUGGUCAUCAGGAUCUUGCUGGUGGUCAUCAGGAUGUCGUUGGUGGUCAGCGAGGUGUUGGUGGUCAUCAGGAUGUCGCCAGUGGUCAUCAGGAUCUUGCUGUGGUCAUCAGGAUGUCGUUGGUGGUCAUCGAGGUGCUGGUGGUCAUCAGGAUGUCGCUGGUGGUCAGCGAGGGGUUGGUGGUCAGCGGAAUGUCGGUGGUGGUCAGCGGAACCUCGCCAGUUGGUCAUCAGGAUGUCCCCAGUGGUCAGCGAGGUGCCGGUGGUCAUCAGGACGUCAUUGGUGGUCAUCGAGGUCUUGGUGGUCAGCGGGAUCUUGCCGGUGGUCAUCGGGAUGGUGACGGUCAGUGGGACGCUGCUGGUGGUCAUCGGGAUCUUGCCAGUGGUCAUCAGGAUGUCCCCAGUGGUCAUCAGGAUGUCCCCAGUGGUCAGCAGAACCUUGCCAGUGGUCAGCAGGCUGUGGCCGGUGGUCAUCGAGGUGCCGGCGGUCGCCGAGGUGCCGGCGGUCAGCGGAGUCCCGCCAGUGGUCAUCGAGAUGUCCCCGGUGGUCAUCGGAUUGGUCAUCGAGGUGUUUCCAGUGGUCAUCGAGGUGUUCCCGGUGGUCAUCGAGGUGGUUCUGAUGGUCACCAAGACCUCACCAGUGGUCAUCAGGAUGUCGCCAGUGGUCAUCGAGAUGUCCCCAGUGGUCAUCGAGGUGUCACCAGUGGUCAUCAGGACAUCGCCAGUGGUCAUCGAGAUGUCCCCAGUGGUCAUCGGGGUGUCUCCAGUGGUCAUCGAGAUGUCCCCAGUGGUCAUCGGGGUGUCUCCAGUGGUCAUCGAGAUGUCCCCAGUGGUCACCAGGAUGUCCCCAGUGGUCAUCGAGGUGUCCCCAGUGGUCACCAGGAUGUCCCCAUUGGUCAUCAGGACAUCACCAGUGGUCAUCGAGGUGUCUCCAGUGGUCAUCGAGGUGUCUCCAGUGGUCAUCGAGAUGUCCCCGGUGGCCACCAGGCCACCCCCAGUGACCACCACACCCCCACCGCUGACCCCUCCGCUGACCCCCGCCCCACCCCUCCCCCUCCCCUCCUGCCUGGACUGCGCCCACCACUGCGUGGACUGCGGCAAAACCUUCACCAAAACCCCCCAAAAAACCCCCAAAAAACCCCCAAAAAACCCCAAAAAACCCCCAAAAUCCCCCAAAGCUCCCUCGCUGCCCAACACCUGCGGCCAGUGCUGGCAGAGCUUCGGCCAGAGCUCGGACCUGGUCAAGCACCUGCGCAUCCACACGGGCGAGCGGCCGUACGCCUGCGGCCACUGCGGCAAGCGCUUCAACGUCAGCUCCAACCUGAUCCGGCACCGCCGCAUCCACACCGGCGAGCGGCCCUACGGCUGCGGCGACUGCGGCAAGAGCUUCACCGACAAAUCCACGCUCAGCCAGCACCGCCGCAUCCACAGCGGCGAGAAACCCUACGGCUGCGGCGUCUGCGGCAAGAGCUUCAGCCGCAGCUCGCACCACAAGCGCCACCAGCGCACGCACGGCACCGGCGGUGAGGUGCUGCCGCUCUGGGCCUGCUGAGAGCGUUUGGGAUGGGUUUGGAUGGGUUUGGGUCAAAGCUUUGUCAAAAAAAGCAAAAAAAAUGAAGUUUUUUGGUCAAAAAAUGCCAAUUUUGGAGUGGUUUUGUUGUGGUUCUUGGGUUGGGUCAUCGCGUGUUGGGUGGUCGUGGUUGGGUUGGGUUUUAUGGGAUUUUAUGGGAU